ACUGGAAGCAUCCUGACCUGAUAGCCAACUGGUAGGACAGAGACACUCAUCACACAACAACUAGCAACAUGCAGAGCAAGCUGGACAUGGCGGGCAAGAAGCCUCCAAAGGCCUUCGUCUUCCCGGUGGCCACCAUCCGCUUGACCUUCGUGAUUGGACUCCUCUUCAUCGCCAUGCCACUGGCUGAAGCAGUGAAGGGCGAGGGACAGACAGAUCACCAGGAUGGACCCACGACGACGUGGCCGAGUUGAACAAGACUAUUCAUGGCCUGAUGGGAUAUGUGAAGGAGAUGGCUCAGGAAUUGAAGGAUCUUCUGAUGACAGCAGGCGGGUGCCGUCUGCCGUGGCGUUACCAUGAGGGAGGAUGUUACCUGUUUGUUGACAAUAAGAAGACCUGGCAUGAUGCUGAGAACGACUGCCGAGCCAAUGAUGGACACUUGGCCUCAGUUCCCACCAAAGCCACGUUUGACUUCCUCUACGGUUUGACGGGUAGAAGAUGGAAUACUUGGGUAUGGGUUGGGGGCUACAAAGAGAGCGGUGUGUGGAGAUGGGUUGAUGGUUCCACAUUUAGUGUGAAGAAGGACGGCGAGGGGGACAGCAAGGAUGCUAUAUGGGGACCAGACGCGCCUGAUAACCGGCUUGGUAAAAGAGACUGUGUGCAGAUGUACUCGGGCGGACUCUUUGAGGGCAACUGCAUUUACAAUCAACAAUUUAUUUGUCAGAAGUUCUGGGGAUGGUCUCGGCUGUGUGAUCCGGCUGCUCCUUCAAAGACGUCGGCACGAAAGAUCACCACUCUGCCUUCAAUUCAGUUGCUUGAAUGAAUGCUAAUCAUCAUGGACGAGCACAUGAUCCCUAACAACCUGCACGACGCCAAUUUGCAAACUAAAGCUCGUCCUGUUUGCAGUUGAGGAGCUAACACAAGCCAUCACACAGAAAAUAAUCAUUCACAUUUUUAUUCAACCUCACUGACUCAGUUAUUGAAAUUGGCUGAUCUUCUACAUUAGCCAGCAGCUAAAAUGAUGCACACAGCAAAUAGCAAGCUGCUAUCUGACAGGACAAAUAGAAACACACCUAAAACACAACAUCAGUCAUAAAGUUAAAGAAAAAUGUGUCAUCUGACCAUAAAAAGUUAGUUACGAGAUGAGAAUGAUUACGGGAAUAAGGACAAAAUUCUGAGAAGAAAAUGUACAAGAAGAAAGUUAGAAAAUGAAACAAACAAUGGC